AUGAAGUUCUCCCAUAGUAUCCAAUUCAAUGCGGUUCCCGAAUGGAGCUCGUACUAUCUUGCGUACAGCAACCUCAAGAAAUUGAUCUACUCUUUGGAACAACAAGUCCGUAAAGCCGGUGGGCAAGCUCAAGCUGAUGUCGAGUCGGCUCCUUUGCUAGACAGUACCCCGAAUACCGAUUCGAUAUUUCGGAAAGCUCUAGAUGCAGAGCUAGAGAAAAUAUGCACUUUCUAUCAGGACAAAGAGCUAGAGAUCCUUAAGGAAGUUGAAGACGUGAUUAGAGAUGCGGAGGAGUAUGCUUCGGAGGCCGAUGGGAUCAAUGUGGAUCCAAUGAGCGAGCAUAUGACCAAGACAAGGACGAUGAGUUCCGGCUCUCGGCGGCGUUCUGGAAAUGGGUAUCACGAUUUCCCACUAAAUCCGGAUCGGCGCCGUAGCAGUGUUACCGAGUCCGCUGUGGAUGAUGAUGAUGACGACGCCGAUAGUGACGACGAACAUCUGUCGGUACACAGCGGCAGACGUCUAUCUCACGGCGCCGGGUCUACUAAUCCUGAUGAUGGUCGUACAGACUACAUGGGCGAAUCUGGCUAUAUGGGAGAUUCGAGGGGCUGGAGAUCUAACAGGGCCCAAGUUGAGCAUUUCGGUGACCCGAAGGUCCUAGACCUGUACAAUUCUGGGCUUUCACUGAAGAAACGGGCAGUGGACGCAUACGUCUCUCUUUGUGGGCUGAAGUCGUACAUUCAGUUGAAUAAAACCGGUUUCUCAAAGGCUUUGAAGAAGUACGAUAAAAUUCUCGACCGCAGCUUGCGACGGGAGUACAUGAACUCAACCGUCUCCUUGGCUUAUCCCUUCACUGAGUCGACUAUGUCAAAGGUGGAAGCGGACAUCCGCAAGAUCGAAAAGGUCUACGCGGAUGUCGUCACGACCGGCGAUUUGUCGCUCGCAAGGCGUGAGCUUCGGCUACACCUGAGGGAACAUGUAGUCUGGGAGAGAAACACGGUCUGGAGGGAAAUGAUUGGUAUUGAAAGGAAAGCACAAGCUGCAAACGUCGGUAUACGCAGAACGAUCUUGGGAGGAGACGAGGACCCCGCAGCUGCACGACGACAGGGUGACGAGCAGGAGAUUUCUCUCACGGAAUUUAAGACGCCUCUGGGCGUCUUUCAUCCUCCACAGUGGCUAUGCAGCUUGAGUUUUGGAACUUUGGUUCUCGUUUUGGCUAUUUUCGUGACAUUACUCGCAGUUCCGAUAAUGGAUAAGCCUGAGCAGCAAAAUUGUUUGGCCAUGCUUAUCUUCGUCAGCUUGUUAUGGGCUACAGAGGUCAUUCCUCUCUUUGUGACGUCUCUCCUGAUCCCUUUUCUUGUUGUCCUGCUACGCAUCAUGAAAUCGGAAGAGAAGCCUUACAAACGCCUGGGACCUAAAGAAGCCACGAGUGCUGCAUUCAGUGCCAUGUGGACUCCAGUGAUAAUGCUCUUGCUUGGCGGGUUCACUAUCGCUGCAGCCUUGUCCAAAUACGACAUUGCUCGUCGGAUGGCAAUGUUCGUUUUGAGUAAAGCUGGAUCCAGUCCCCGUGUGGUCCUUCUCACGAACAUGUUUGUGAGUAUGUUUUUGAGCAUGUGGAUUAGCAACGUGGCUUCGCCCGUCCUCUGCUAUUCAAUCAUUCAGCCUCUGCUUCGGAACCUUCCCCCAGACUCAAACUUCGCCAAAGCUCUCGUGUUGGGAAUUGCCCUGGCUGCGAACGUCGGGGGUGCAGCCUCACCGAUCGCGUCACCACAAAAUAUCAUCGCGCUUCAGAACAUGCACCCGAGUAUCAGCUGGGGCACAUGGUUCUUUGUAUCACUCCCCGUCUGUAUUAUCUCCAUCCUACUGAUAUGGGGUCUUUUGGUGUUCACAUUCCAUCCCGGUCGUGGCACCACGCUUGUCCCCAUUCGACCGGUUAAAGAUAAAUUUUCUGGGGUUCAAUGGUUCAUCAGCAUUGUAACUCUGUCUACCAUCGCCUUGUGGUGCGGUAGCCAUCAACUCGAGCACGUCUUCGGGGAUAUGGGCGUAAUAGCCAUUAUCCCGAUGGUACUUUUCUUCGGAACUGGCAUUCUCAACAAGGAAGAUUUCAACAACUUUCUCUGGACCAUUAUCAUCCUGGCCGCCGGUGGCCUUUGUCUUGGAAAGGCUGUUACGUCUUCCGGUUUGUUACACACUAUCGCGAAUGGCAUUACCGCCCGUGUGGAACAUCUCAGCCUCUAUGGCGUCCUGAUUGUGUUCUCCGUCUUGAUUCUUAUUAUGGCGACAUUCAUCUCCCAUACUGUUGCGGCACUUAUCAUUCUGCCUCUCGUCCGACAGAUCGGCGUUGGCAUGGAAGACCCACACCCUAACCUGUUGGUGAUGGCUAGCGCCCUUAUGUGCUCCGUUGCUAUGGCUUUGCCGACCAGUGGUUUCCCUAAUAUGACUGCCAUCAUGACUGAGGUUCCUCAAACCGGCCAACGGUACCUCCAGGUCCACCACUUCUUCACCAGAGGUAUCCCUGCCAGUUUGAUGGCAUGGGCCGUCAUCAUCACGCUCGGCUAUGCUCUCAUGUACAUAGCUGGGCUAUGA